AUGGAAAAUUCUGGAUUUGGGAAAUCCCCGGAACACAAUCCGAACGGAACAGCCCCUGGCGCUGAACCUAGCACGGCACGCCCGGUAAGUCGCCGGGCGUGCCGUGCACAUCCUCCUCAGGUCGCGACCCUGGUAUUCAAGCAACCUUCACGCCAUGCGGAGCGGACGUGCGUGCGUGAAGCGGAGGACGAGCAAGCGGUGGAGGAAGGAGUGGGAGAGCGGAGUCGGAGAGCCGGAGUAGCAAGGGCGGCCCGGGACUGGGAGUAUGGGAGGAAGUGGGUUGUGCGCCGACCUGCCGGGCCUCCAGAUCGUCGUCCACGGAGGGCCUUGAUGACGACGUCACAUGACCUCCUCCUCCUUCUUCUCGUCUGCGUCCUCCUGCUCCUCGCCCCCUCAGGAUGGUGUGAGGAGGGAGGGGAGCAGGUGAGGACGGUGGUGAAUUCCUCGGUCGUCCUCAACUGCCCCCUCAACUAUCCCCACGGUGAAGCCGUCCCUUACAUCAUCAACUGGGAGAAAGAGGGGUUGCACGAACCGGUGUACAUCCACUACGACGGGUACGAUCCACACGAGUCAGAGGGGUACAAGGGUCGGGUGUCCCGUGUUACGGACCCGCGGUUCGGCCGCGCCUCGUUGAACCUGAGUCGGGUGGUGGUGGAGGACCGUGGGUGCUAUCGGUGCAAGGUACUCUUCCUCGACCGCUCCCCGGAGCAGAAGAGCAACAACGGAACCCGCAUCUGCCUCGAGGUUCACGCGCCUCCCCGGUUGUUGGACCCACCGCGAGAGAUAAACUACGUGAAGCUGGGUGAGGACCUCAUCCUGAGUUGCGUGGCUGAGGGGAAUCCCCCUCCGAGAAUCGAGUGGUUCAAGGAUUCCGGACGCCUGAUGGACGUGCCGGGACUGGGGAUCGGGAAGGGGGGAGGAAAGACUGGCAGUCAGGGGCAGGGACGGCCCCGGGUGAGGAUCGCCAAUGACGGGAUGGAGCUGAGGAUCUCGGAUAUCCGGGCCGAGGACCUGGGUGACUACACGUGUCUGGCCAAGAACGACGUGCAUCCACACGCCUCGGCGCUUUCCAGGGUCAUGUUGGCCGGAGCUGCGCGGAUCCUGACGGGUCCAAGGAACGUGACGCUGGCAGAGGGAAACACGAGCGAGCUGACGUGCGAGGCUCGGGGACAACCGUCCAACAUCACGGUGCAAUGGUAUCAAGAAGGGACGCCCGUGGAGCGGGUCCAGGCGCUCGCCUCGCGCUACCGGGUCACGCGGAAUGGCAGCCUCGUCAUCCAUCCGGUGACGGCCGAGGAUGCCGGGGCCUACACGUGCGAGGUCACCAAUGGGAUCGGAGGUCGCGACUCCGCUUCUGCCUACCUCAACGUCGAAUUCCGUGCGCGAGUGCUGUUCGCUCAGUCGCCCCAGUACCUGCCGUUCCGGAUGUCGGGGAUGAUCCAUUGUCCCGUGGAGGCCAACCCGCCGCUCCAGUGGGUCUCCUGGCUCAAGGACUCUCGCAUGUUCGACCCGAAGGCCUACCCUGAAGUUAUCGAUCUCAACAACGGUUCCCUCCUCUUUCAGCAGGUGAAGGUGGACCACCAGGGAGAAUACCGGUGCACCCCUUACAACGUGAUGGGGACCAAGGGUCACUCUCCGUUGAUCCAGGUGCUCGUGAGGGAACCGCCGUCCUUCCAGGUGGCACCCAAGCCUCAAUACGAGGCGAAGGUGGACGGGUCUGUCACCAUGCACUGCCUUGGUGCUGGGGAACCGAACCCCACCACCACCUGGCGACGCUGUGAUGGAAGACCGAUGCCCGGAGAGGGUCGGGCGAGGUUGGAGAACGGGGAGUUGAGGAUCGGAUUGCUCAAGCCCAAGGACCACGGGUGCUACGAGUGCGUGGUGGGAAACGAGGUGACGAGGGUGGUGAGGACCACCCAGUUGGUGGUCCGCAACACGCCCCCGCACGCGCCGCAUAACGUCAGCGUGGAUGUGAAUCCCUUCUCGGCCACAGUCGCCUGGAUCCCCGGUUACUCGGGGGGCGACGAGGAGUUCCUUCAAUACGUCGUCUGGUACCGGAAGGCCGACAACAUAUCAAAGUGGAUCACCAGUGAGGUGCAGCCGUCGAAGGCGCUGCGCUACACCGUUUACGGCCUGGAACCAAACACUUCCUACGAAUUUCAGGUCUCUGCCAACAAUCAGUUCGGUCACGGGUUCAUCUCCGAGAUGGUCGAGGGCACCACUCCGCAUAUUGAUUAUAGCAUAGUUGUGUUGCCCACUGACGCCACCGGUGCCACGUACAUUCCCACGGUCAUCAACUCGCAAGGUCCUCGUCCGGGUGCGCCGAGGAACGUCACGGCGGCGAUCGAGAACAACCACGUGGUGCUCCGGUGGGUGCCACCCUUCGACAACCACUUGGUGGCCGUCGCUUAUUAUACCGUGGAGCUCAGGACGGACGAUGACACGUGGAGAGCUCUCUCGGAACAGAUUCAGGGCGCCACCCAGUUUCGAGUGGAAGAGUUUCUGAACGGGCAGUUGUACACGUUCCGUGUGACGGCCCACACGCUCACCAGUCAGACCAGCACCGAGAUUCCCUUCCUCGUUCCUCCCAACUUGAAGAGCAAGGCCAUCACUGCUGGGAUCGUGGGCGGGGUGCUGUUCUUCAUCGUAGCAAUAAUCCUUUCCAUCUGUGCCGUGAGGAUCUGCCACCAUCGGAAGCGCCGCCAGCAGGAGAAAGGUUCGUUCGGGUCCGACCCCGUUUCCCCGUCUCUUCCCGCGAGAACCGUCGAUGAUGCGGUGGAUUGUUCUCCAGCUUACAACAUGGUGGCGUGCCGGGUGACGGACGCACGCAACGGAGGCCAUCCCGCCAGCCCAGUGCCUUUCAACAAAGUUGGAGACAGCCGAGUUUCAGUUGUGAUGACGCAGAUGGCAGGUAGACUGAGUUCGCUCGCGGGAUUCCUGGGAGUCGAGAGCAAGGAGGAGCACCGGCGUCGUCGUCACCGCAAGCGCACGGAGCGUCGCAACCGGUUCUACCGCUACCCGCACUAUUCGGUGCAGGUCCGGAGCCCGCCGUCGUGGAUCGGACGGGGCGGGGACGGGAAGUUCGUCGCGGACGGGGGCAGCACGAGCAGCAGCGACGACGGGGGGUUCAUUCCGCGCUCGCCGCCGCCGCCGACGUGGCACACGUACGAGCCGGUCGAGACGGGGAUGUACCACGUCGGGGGGCCGCAUUCCACCUGGGGUUACCGUCACUCGCAGGCGUCGGAAACCUCGGGCGGGGAGCUUCUCGUCACGCCGUUCCCGUCGCCGCCUUUCACCAUCUACACGCCGGACGGACGACGAUUCCGCACCAGUUCCCCGCCCCCGCGGUGGAAGGCUCGAGGCAUGGAAGUGAGCGACCUGAGCUCCGUGAGGCAGCCGAGUUCCGCCGAGAGGUCUUUCCCGAGCACGGUCCCGUCUCGUUCGAGGUUGUUUCCGGGACGGAUCCCGUCUCUCAGACCGAUCUACUGGGGCGAUACCACGCCGUUGUCUUCGCGGUUCCAUCAAGUUCAGGUGCAGGUUCAUCAUCACGACCCAGCCGGGACUCACUUCUUCCCGCCUCCGCCUCCGUCCGUACCGGCACCCCGGCACCUCACGAUGCCGAUCUACCAGUACCCGUAUCCGUAUCCGUACCCGUACGUGGCGUACCCGUACCCGAUCGCGAUCGAAGUGCGGCCGCGACGACAUCUGCAGCCUCCUCGAAUCCCCGACAUACCUCCGGCGGGCGAAGCCCCACUCUACGCCAACGUACCUCGCCCGGUGACGACGGAAUCUCAACGCCCUCUGGCGACCAGUUCUCCGCCGGGUACGCGGCCGGCAAAACGCGUCGUGCCGGUUCCGCCGGGUUUCCCGCCGCCGUCGAGACCUCAGAGACGCAACAGUGCUCCGGAUCUCCGUCCUCGCAUCGAGGAUAGUCUCACGGAAACCGGGGAAGCAUCUUCGAGUGGCUUCGGUAGCAAGAACACGUCGUCGCAGCAGACGUCGUCGCAGUCGCACUCGGGCAUGGACUCGUCGUCGCCGCCGCCCCUGUUGUCCCCUCAGCAGCAGCUGGACGCCAGCGUGGACGACCAUUACGAGUUCGAUUCCAUCCAGCUCCCGGAGACGGACGGCGGACGGACGGCGUUCGAAGACCGAGGGUUGUCGGACUCGGAGAUCUACAUCCGGUCUCGAUCACCGGCCGAUCCGAAGGGUCGAGGGGACAACGGGGCCCUUCGACCCGAGGAUCGAGAGGCGAGGCUGAGGGCGAUGAGGGAGGAGUUCCAGCUGUACCGUCAGAGACAGGCGCAGCGAAGUCGCGGACCCGUGCUCGAGAGAAUGAGUGUUGUGAUGUUCAUCGUCAUCGCGAUCAUCAUCGUCAUCGUCAUCGUCAUCCCGAGUGAUGGUUGA